CAUCAUCAUCUCCAUCGAUGGCCCAUCCACCACAGGGUGAGUGAAACAGAGCAUCGACAUUAACAGUAGCGUUGAGCCACACAGCUGAUCGGAGCACAGAUCCAGACAGAGUCGGGACAUGAUGUGAAGCAGACAGACUGUGGCUGCACUGCAAUGGAGGAGCAGACGCUGGACCGGACUGGAUGACUGGAAACCAUUAGCCGCCUUGUGGGGAUCGACGCUGCCGCUGGCUGCAACGACGAGAGCUGACACAGUGGUUUAUACAGCAGAGCUGUGAGAGUGACUGACCCCUCAACACUUCUCCCCUAGGGUUUUACAGUAACAGCCAUGCCGCCCCCUGCUGACAUCGUGAAGGUGGCUAUUGAAUGGCCAGGUGCUAAUGCUCAGCUCAUAGAGAUGGACCAGAAAAGACCUUUGUCCUCAAUAAUACGAGAAGUGUGUGAUGGCUGGUCUUUGUCAGGCGCAGAGCAGUUUGCCCUGCGUUAUGCUGACGGCCCUCAGCUUUAUAUCACUGAGCAGAGCCGUGGUGAAAUCAAAAAUGGGACCAUCCUUCGAUUAGCCAUUUCUCCUGGGCGUGCUGCUCGUCAGCUCCUGGAGAGGAUCCAGUCCCACGGCAUCGACGCACGUCUCGAGGCUCUGAAAGAGCUCGCCAAGCUGUCUGCAGAUCCAACCUUUGCCGCAGAGUUCAUCAACAUGGAAGGCAUCGGGACUCUGGCUCGUCUUGUCGAGAGUGGCACCCACUUCGGUGAAAUGCUGGCCUUCACUCUCACUGCCUUUCUGGAGCUAAUGGAUCAUGGCAUUGUGUCCUGGGACCUCAUCUCUCUGUCCUUCAUCAAACAGAUUGCGGGUUAUGUGAACCAGCCAAUGGUGGAUGUGUCCAUCCUUCAGCGUUCUCUGGCGAUACUGGAGAGCAUGGUCCUCAACAGCCACAGCCUCUACCACCGAGUGGCCCAGGAGAUCACCGUGGGACAGCUCAUCGGGCACCUGCAAGUGUCAAACCAGGAGAUCCAGACGUACGCCAUCGCUCUCAUCAAUGCUCUUUUCCUGAAGGCGCCAGAGGACAGACGACAGGAGGAGUAUACUAACCCACUGGAGCAGCACCUCACUGAAAUGGCGAGCACUUUGGCCCAGAAACACUUGCGAUCCAUCAUCCUCAACCAUGUUAUAAGAGGAAAUCGACCAAUCAAAGCUGAAAUGGCACACCAGCUGUAUGUGCUGCAGGUGUUGACCUUUAACCUAUUGGAAGAGAGAAUGAUGACCAAAAUGGAUCCUAAUGACCAGACCCAGAGAGAUAUCAUUUUUGAGCUGCGUAGGAUUGCCUUUGAUGGAGAAAAUGACCCGACAGGCACAGAGAAGAGAAAGGCCAUGUACACCAAGGACUACAAGAUGCUGGGUUUCACUAACCAUGUGAACCCAGCGAUGGAUUUCACCCAGACUCCUCCAGGGAUGCUGGCUCUGGACAACAUGCUGUACCUGGCCAAAGUUCACCAGGACACGUACAUCAGGAUUGUCCUGGAGAACAGUAGCCGUGAGGACAAGCACGAAUGUCCCUUUGGCCGGUGCGCCAUCGAACUCACUCGAAUGUUGUGCGAGAUCCUCCAGGUUGGAGAGUUACCUAACGAGGGCUGCAACGACUACCACCCCAUGUUCUUUACCCAUGACCGGGCGUGGGAGGAGUUCUUCUGUGUCUGCAUUCAGCUGCUUAAUAAAACCUGGAAGGAGAUGAGGGCCACAGCCGAGGACUUCAACAAGGUGAUGCAGGUGGUGCGUGAGCAGAUCACCAGAGCUCUGGCCAUGAAGCCGUCCUCUUUAGACCAGCUGAAGAAUAAACUGAGAGGCCUCAACUACUCAGAGAUCCUGCGUCUGCGGCAGUCGGAGAGAAUGAGCCAGGAUGACUUCCAGUCUCCACCUAUCAUCGAGCUGCGGGAGAGAAUUCAGCCCGAGAUCUUAGAGCUCAUCAAGCAACAGCGAUUCAACCGGCUGUGUGAGGGAAGCUGCUUCCGUAAGCUGGGGAACCGCCGAAGGCAAGAGAAAUUUUGGUUCUGCAGACUCUCUCUGAAUCACAAAGUGCUGCACUACGGAGACCUGGAUGAGUCGCCUCAGGGUGAGGUGGCUUUUGAACUCCUCAGUGACAAGAUUCCUGUAUCAGAUAUCAAAUCCGUGGUAACUGGGAAAGACUGCCCUCAUAUGAAAGAAAAAAGUGCUCUCAAACAAAACAAGGAGGUGCUGGAGUUGGCCUUCUCUGUCCUCUACGAUCCCGAUGAGACGCUCAACUUUGUUGCACCGAACAAGUAUGAGUACUGCAUCUGGACCGAUGGCCUGUGUGCGCUGCUGGGCAGAGAGAUGGGCAGCGACCUCACGCGCAGUGACCUGGAUACUCUCAUCAGCAUGGAGAUGAAGCUCCGCCUCCUUGACCUUGAGAACAUCACAAUCCCGGAAGCCCCUCCCCCUGUCCCAAAGGAGCCUAGCUCGUACAACUUCACCUACAACUACAGCUGAGAUGUGUGUGUGUGUGUGUGUGUGUGUGUGUGUGUGCAUGGGAGUAUAGGCGCGAGUGUGCAUUUGCGCUGCAUGUGUUUUUUUGUUCAGGAUGACAAUACUUGCUCUGUUGACAAGUUUACCUGCAAGUAUUUCCCCCAGAAAAAGGCUACUUUUGAAUUUUACUUUUCACAACAUUGGAGCCUUCUCCUCGUCUCUGUGUUCUUGAUGCCGUAAGGUUCCUCAUAUAGAAGAAAUGUGUUGAUAGCUUCAGAGGGAGGUCAGAGGUCGGGGUUCCUUUACAGGGAAGUUCUCCUGGAGCUGGUAGAGAUUUAGUGAUUGGAUCUUAUUUAUCAGUUUAACACUCUGUUCCUCAUUUUGCUGCUUUCUGAUGGUUGAGCAAGAAAAAUCAAAGACUAAAAAUGAAUAGGAGAAGAAGGGAAAGAAGCGGUGAAGGUGAAAGGAUAAUCUGUUCUCCACAUUUGUUACUAUUAUAAUCUAUAUAAUUCUGUGACAGACAGGUGUUGGACUACUUAUGGAUGUUUAAAUGAUUCACUGAUAUACAGAUUAAUGUAUCUUAUAUAGAUUGAUGUAUCGUUUUCUCUAUAAAAUUUAGAAACCUUUAAUCAAACAGAAAAAAAGUAUUAAUAAUCUAAUGAUAGAUUGAAUCUAUAAAAUCGUGGGAAAAUGUGAAUCAAUCUCCCCACAGCCCAAUUUGAUAUAAUGAGAGUACUUGUUUCAUUUCAAAGCCCAAAGAUCUUCAGUGCGCUGUAAUGAAAUCUAAUGAAAACCAGCAGAGUCAUAUUUAAGAAGCUGAAAAACUAUAAACUAACUAUAUUUCUAACACUUUAAAUGUACCAUUAAAAAUAAUCAUUAUAAAUGAUGCUGAUGCUUGCUCUCGUCGUUAUAGUUUGACUGUAAACUACAUUUUAGGCUCUAAACCAGAUUUGACUUUCACUGCACUAAUGCGAUGUGUGGAGAGGUCCAGCAACAUGUGUCUGUAGUUUUUAAUGAUAAGUGCUGUAGGGGAAAAGAACAGGAGACGCUCAGGAGAGGGUAUGUUAGGCUCUUUGAGUUUUCACAGAAAACUUCUCCAAAGGCUGUUAAUGGAUCAUGGAGAAAGUUGUAAACUGCUUCACAUUCUUAUCGACAGAUCUUUUAAUUGUCUCCUGAUCAACUGAUCAGUUACCUGACUAAUACAUAUUCACUUUAAACUAAAUACAGUAACUGUUCUAGCGUCUGUUUACUCAUUCAUGCUGCCUCACUUUGUUUUACUCACUUUUCUGAUCAGAGUAUUGAGUAACUUUUUCAUAGACAUUUUCAAUAACAUGUCAAUAUAUCCCACUGAAAUGAAACUAUCCAAGUAGGUGGAGACUUAUGAAGAUGCGCCUGCUUAUCACACGUGUGUAUGUUUUGUAUGUGUGUGUAUGUGCGUGGAUUACGAGAUUUUGUGUCUUUUGUGUUAAGAGAUGUAACAAAACUGAUAUAAAUCGGGAUUAAACCUCUGACAUCCAACACAUACGAACCUUUCUUUUCCAAUCAUAGUUACUGCAUUGCCUUAUCAACAUAUUUUGCAUAUUAGCAUUAAUAAGCAGUAUAUGAAUGGUUUACUGUAAAACACAAAAUCACACAAUAUAAUGCAGUUGUAGCCAAUAGCAGGAGAAUAUUAAUCAUUCAUAAAUGUUUUUAUUAACUACUUUAACUUUUCUUUUGAAACAUUUAUUGAUAUACAUAUAUUAACACAGGUGUAUUAACAAAUAAUGAACAUUUGAUAACACAGUAUAUAUCAGUUUUCAACAUUUGUUAUUUAUUGGUAUAUAUAUAUGUAUGCAUUCAUUAAGUGUUUCCCAUAUAAACAGCAGGAAUAAAACAAAAGAUUUAGUUACAUAAAGAUGAUUUGUCAAACAUUCAUGUACUGUUUGAUUUAUAUGUGCUACAACUACAUGAUAGUGUGCUGUAAACCAUUUAUUAGUUGUUUAUACGUUACAUGGUAUUAUUCAGCUGUACAGUGGUUUUGUUUGAAGCAAACUUACUUUCACAUUCCAAGAGUGUUUGACGCCUCUGGUGUUUGAAUUAAUCAGCAUUCUCUAAGCUCAAAUUUAGACUUUUUAUCGCACUGUGCGCAGGCAGAGCUGAAUUCAAAGGGACUAAGCAGCAGCUCUGUUGGCUUCUUUUAGUCGAUGUGCCAGAUUUACUGCCCUCAAAUGAAUGGGAGCUAGUCAAAAACAGCAGAGGGACGAGGCCGUGGGCAUCAGGAACAUUUAGUAUGGCUCAUAUUAGCAGUCAGAGUCUUGUACUUUGUAUACAGUGGUCUCGAUUAGAGUUUUAAAGCUUGAUGUCAUUUUUUUUAUUCCCAGUUUCAUUGGUUCUAAACUCUCUUCGUAUUUCAUUCUAGUCACUCAAUGUCCUGUCGACUUACUGUGGUACUAAACACUGCUGUCAUCUGUUAAUGCAGAAUAGAAGUAUAUUUUUGUAAGUGAUUGUACAAUCUAAUCAGCUGUGAAGAGGAUGGGUAUUGAGCUAACAUGACACUUUGCAUCAGCAUGUACGAACCAUCCAGCACGCACGUCACUGUGGAAGAACAUUUCACACUGGAAUUUAAUUUUUGUGUCAAAUUGCUUUCGUAUCAAUCACAUUUUCAAACCACAAUCACCUCAUAUCAUUUAGGGACGACGCCCACUCCAGCACCUAAUGAUGAUGUCAGUGUUAAUGUAAAGAUAAAAAAUGGAAGUUACUGUUUUUGAAAAGGCAUAUUUGUUUGAUUUGUUUGAUUUUGUUUAUUUCAAAUUGUUUUCUUUUCGUUUUUUCGACUGCUUAAAAAGUUUGCUUUAUAUUCCAGCAGGUCAGUCAACCUUUUAUCUGCUCUCUGAAAAUAAAAAUAAAAACGCAGCUAAAAUAUAUCAAGAAAACUCAGCAAAGUUUCCAGUGUGGAAAGAGUUGUUGCAUCGGACGUGACCGUAUAACUUGAAGUUUUCGCAUCUUGUACUCUUUUACAUGACUCGCUUAAAUAUUUAUUUACACUUGCUAGUGACAGUUCAGAAUGACUUGUUGUUAGUUGGGAAAUAACAACAUCAAAUAUUGUAUACAUAUGGAUAAUUGUAUGUAUAUGCAGUAUUGUGUUGCCUUAUUGAAAGAGAUGUAUUAUGUUUUGUGUGAAUAAAUACAAAGUCUAA